AUGCUGUUGUUCAAGGUUCAAAGUUCUGCGCCUGUGAAAGUGAUGACAUGUCGAGGAACGUCAUUUCCACCAGCCCCCGAAGGAGGAAGCGGUGCCAUCGAAAAUGCUCCUGCCGCUGACAUUAAAACGGAUCUCUCCGAAUUCAUGGGACAGGAACUGAGCAAAUCUGAACGACCUGAUCUCGGCACAGCUAAAAUCGUCGUUUCUGGUGGACGAGGAGUUAAAAGUGCUGAGAAUUUCAAGCUUAUCUACGACCUCGCAGAUAAACUCGGUGCAGGAGUCGGUGCAUCGCGUGCAGCUGUUGACGCUGGCUUCGUCCACAACGAUAUGCAAGUUGGACAAACAGGGAAGAUUGUCGCUCCAGAGCUGUAUAUCGCUAUUGGAAUCUCAGGUGCUAUCCAACAUUUGGCCGGUAUGAAAGACAGCAAAGUCAUCGUGGCCAUCAAUAAAGACGCCGAUGCGCCAAUCUUCCAGGUGGCUGACUAUGGACUGAAAGCCGACCUAUUCAAAGCAGUGCCCGAGCUGAUUGCAGCUCUUUGA